AUGGGUCAGUAAGUUUAAAAAGAUCAAUCAGCUGGAGCUUCAAAUAUACCAGUUAUAAAAGAUCAAUGCUCUGAUUGCUAGAAACUUUAUGAUAUGUAUUGCUUCGAACGCUAAGAAUUUUUCUGUGCAAAAUGCGACUUUAAACAACAUAAUUAAAAGCACACUAAAUGCGAUGGAGAUGUAAACAAGGAUAUAAAUGAGAUUAAAGAAGCGGCAAUCAAAGCGACUAUGAUAUUCUAAUAAGAGCAACAAAAAUUAAAGUAUAAAACAAAGACACUCUUUGACUACAAAGAAUACGCUAUAAAGCUGCAUAUUUUAGAGGCAUUCACUAGAGUUGCGAUAUUUCAUUUCCCAAGUUUAAGUAAUCUUAAAAAGAUUAGUCAGUGCAACAAUACAGAUAAUUAGAAUACAAAGGAGUAAUAACAACAGUAAAUUGAAUAACAAGAUUACUAGUAUUUGAAUCUUUUGCUUAAUACACCAAAGAACUUUAACUUUACUGACUAGAUAAAUAAUCUGUUUAAGGUUAAAGACAUUUAACAACUAUGGAGACUACAUCAAUUAGUGAUAAUGUAAUACACAGAACUAGUUAAAUACUUAAUGAUAAUUUCAGAUGAGGUUUUAUCACCUUAAGUUAAAACCAGACAUGAAAUCAUCAAAGCAAUUUGCCAAAAAAUCAGAGCGGAAUAGCAUGAUUUUUAAUGCUAAGUGUCUGGUGUUGUUUAUCGUGGACCUCUUACAGUAUCAGCUUGGAAGAAAGUCUUUAAUCUCUACUUUCACUAUAUAUUCCUGCAAGAUACAUACCUCUUUUUUCCUUAAGAAGUUUCAAAGAUAAAACUAACGGAUCUUCAAAAGAUGGAGUAUGUUUCAUUGUAAAUUCUGCAAAAAGAUUAGAAUGUGCAACUUGAUGAGAUGUAUAACUUCAAGGAUCAAGACUCUGAUCAUCUCUAAAUGUUCUCUAGUUUUCAGAAUAGUAUAGAUGUAUUAUUGAAAGAUCAAAGAUCUAUUAUGCCUUACUUCAUUGAAGGUAUGGUUUAAGUAUACCUUAGAUAUGAUAUGAAAUUCAAAGAUAUUGAGAGCAGAUUCUCAUAAAGCUAUACAGUGAAGAAUACCAAAUUAAAAUGCUUGGAACUGAUUUAGAAUAUGUCAGCGAGAUUACAUAGUUGUAUUGAACUGCAAUUAAUUACAACUGAUAAACUCUUGAAUAAUUAGUUUACAGUGGACAUCCAGAUCAAAUUUAUUGAAAAGAUUAAAAGUCAUAUUGAUGAGUAUCUGCAAAUAUAAGAUAAUGAAGAACUUGUUGCAUUCAUAAUAAAUAAAAGCCACAAACUUGAGCAAAAGUACUUAUAUGAGGAACUGGAGAAUAUUUUAACUAUUGAAGACUAUUUAGAAGAGAAGUAAAAGGUAGACAAGAUAUCUCAGCUGUCAAUGCAGGAAUUUCAAAGAAAGUUUUUCAUGCAAAUUGUUUAUGAAAUUAAAAAAGGAUUGCCGAUUGAUCAAGAUUUCGAUGUAUCUGGUAGCACUGAUGGCAAUGAUUGGUUAAGUUAUCAGCCAUUGAGAAGAUUAAAUGAGCAUACUUGGUAUGAAGGACAAUGGAGCAACACAAUGGGUUAGUAAUUUGGAGUGGGAAUGAUUUUAAUGGUACACUUAGAUAAACUUAUAAAUAAAAGGGAUGUGUAUAUAGGUCAUUUUGAAUAGGCCAAAGAAUUAGAAUAUGCUGAUGUUACUCAUACUGAAAUGAAUGAAAGCUUGUUUGAUGAGCGUUAAGUAACUGAGGAAUAGUAUCACUAUGCUGAAUCAAUUGCAACUGAGCGUUAGCAUAUUUAAGACAUAAUCCCCCAAGAAGAUCAUAUACUGAAUGGCAUGGGUAUUUAUAUUAGCCAUGAUGGGACAAUCUAUCAGGGAGAGUGGAAAAAUGAUCAAAAGGAUGGAUAUGGAGAAUUUGAAUGGCCUGAGGGCAGUUCUUAUAAGGGAAACUGGAAAAAUGAUAUUAUGUUUGGUGAUGGUGUUUAUACAAAUAAGCAUGGAUUAGAAUUCAGAGGAAUUUGGUGUGAUUAUAAGCUGGUGUCAAAGGUUUUAGAGGCUGUUCAGAGAGUAUCUUAGUUGGACGCAAAAGCUGCUACUACUACUGAAAAUGAAGUAACAGUCAAAAUUGAAAUAAAAAGAGCUAUUGAGAUUUUGCUUUUGGAUGAGAUAGAAUCAAUUCAUAAUUUAGAAAGUUAACUAAUGAUUGAAGAUGAUUAUUAAGGUGAAGAUUAAGAAAAUCAAUCUGAGAAAAAUGAGCCAAAUUAAAUAUAAGAGACAAAAGUAGUAACCUUAAAUUGA